AUGGCGAUACAAUGCAAACCAAGGCCUCCGCCACAACAGCAAAAGGAUGGCACAAAGAAGAAGAAAAAGACACUAGGAGAUACUCAACCGAUAGUGAACUAUGAAGACCCGGAUCUUAAGGUGGUGAUCAGGCUUCUUCCUCCAAACAUGAGUGAGGAAGCCUUUCUCCUGCAAAUUCCGAAAGAAUAUCAGCCUACGAUCAAUGGUACCCGUGGCCUACGAAGGUUUUACUUUCAGAGGGGUAGCGCCUCUACUAAACCAUUUGAAGAGCCAAACUUUUCAAGAGCAUACUUCCAGUUCCAAGAGAAACAGGAUGCGGACCAUUUUAAGUCUGAGAUGGAACAAAUUGUAUUUGAGGAUCCUGCUUCGGGUGAUCGAGUAAAAUGUGAAAUGAUGAAGCCUUUGUUUGGAACUGUGAUAGAGACCACGUCAGAGAAGUCUGAAGGAAAGAUUCUUCAGGAGACUUUGUAUAAAAAGUUUAUCUCUCAACGUUCUGCGGAUGCAACAGAUAUUGAUAUGGUAAAGUUGAUAAAGUCGUUACAUUCCGAAGAUAAUAAAAGGAGACGGGAAAAGAACAAGUCAAAGAAAGCAGCUUCCGCAAACACGAAACCAGAAAGCGCCCCUGAGACUCUACUGUCGAGGGAACAGAGCAAGACUAUUGUUAAACCACCGCCAGCCGCCCUAAAAAAGAAGCCAUAUCAAGAAUGUAAGAAAGAGAAGGACCAGAAUCACAAGAAAUCGGAUAAGGAUGCGGAUCUGGUUAAAAAGGAUGCCAAAAAUACUAAGAAGAAAUCACUAAAGGCAAAGAAACCAACCUUGACGACCUCAACCAAGUCGCUUAAUAUCACGCCCGAAAAGCCAGGCGGCGGUGAUCCUUCAAAACCAAAAAAGAAGCAAACAAAGGCCAAAAAGUCGAAAGGAAAAGGAAGCCCAUCAACGGAGCAGACCCAAGCGACUCACAAGAAAACACCGAGUCAAAGCAACAAAAGCACGACAAAGAAAACUACAUAG